GCUCUGAUGCCGUCCCACUCAUUUCCAACUAUGGCUACGAGAGAGUAAGGCGCACGGAACACUGCUUUACGAAUUUUCGUAUUCUUGACAUAUUUGUUUAAUUUUUAUUGUGUGAGACCCCCGGCAGCGACGCAGAUGAAGUAAGGGAACGUUUUUUAAGCAAGAGAGGUUUGUGUUUUGGGGGGGGGGAGGGGACAGCCCCUGGUGAUGAGCUCACUUGCCCUCAGUAUAAGUGCCACAACAGCAGUAAACAUCAAGUAACGAGAAGACUACAAACUACUAAAGCAAGAUCUAAUAAUUUACAAUCUUUCUUUUUAAUUCGACAGUAGAAACGUAUUGUAUUAAUCCACCACCAUCCAUCACUGAGGCUGCAGUAGUGAUGGCACCAAAAAUGGAAGGAAUAAAUGAAAGUGGAGAUGACUCUUCCGGUGGGAAUUCCAGCUCUCGCCGGCCAGUCAAGAAUACUGAGGAAUACCGGAGGCGUCGUGAGCGUAACAACCAGGCGGUAAAAAAGUCACGAAUGAAAACAAAAAUGAAGACCCAGCAAAUGGUAGAUAGAGUCACUCAACUAAGGAAUGAGAAUGAAGAACUUGAGGAAAACAUAAAGAUCCUUACUAAAGAAUUAGGGAUACUUAAGGACCUUUUUGUUGCUCAUGCAGGAAAUGCUCAUGGUGUACAACUGAAUGAUGCCGAGUUAGCCAGGAUGCUUGAAGAGACCCCGGAAGAAAUGGAUGAGGGCGUGUCCCUCUUAAUGAGCCUUUCCAAGGGCCCCCCCCUAUAACUGGGAGUAAACAAACACUACAAGUGAACCAAUGACAAAACAAGCCCACAAGGUUUCUUGUGAGGCUGUGACUGAUAUCUGCUGUAUAAUCUUUCCCUUACCAGCAACCAAAGCACUGGAAUCCUAAGUGCUAAGUAUACAUUAUUAAGUUAUGAGGUUUGUGAGAAUAUUUUAUGUAUUGUUUCCCGUGGAAAUACUUGUAUGAUUAAUUGGUUGUAUAUGGCUGGAGAGUGAAAUACUAUGCACAGUUAUCACAAAGCCAUAUUUGUUGUACCUGAAUAAAUUGUCACAGCACCUUUAUGACAAAUAUUACAUUGUCAGUGUUACAAUAUUGUGGCUUCAGUGAAUUACAAACAUAAUUAAUGACAUACUUUAGGACUUAUUUCACUUGUGAUGCCAUGUCUUUAUAAUGGCAUAUCUACUUUCAUAUGGUUAUCAAUACCUAUUGUAAUUCUUAAAGAAUAUAGACUUUGAGUAAUAUAAGUAAUAAGAUCCACAUGUAACUUAAUAUCUGUAAAAAUGGUUUUGACUUAUGAUGCUACAGCCAUUAUUCACACAAUGUCUAUUUAAUUUCAUAAAAUUUUUAUUCUCCAGAAUGGCAGGUGCAUAUUCUUCAGUUAAUUAAAUGGAGAGAAAAAAAAAAGCUUUUGCAUUGUUUGCAGAUGACCAUUGGGCUGGUCAUUCAAAAUGUUGUAUGCCAUUGUGUUUAGUAAAGGUUUCUAUAUACUAUGCUAUUUUCAUAAUUGUUUUUGCAGGCAUCAAAUUUAAUCAGGGGACCCUCAGGGGACCCAGCAACUUUAAACAACAGUGGACCUCUUAGUUCUUCAACUGAACAGGCAAUGCUUUGCCUUAGUGCUAUACUUAUUUCAAGCCGUGAAAAAUAAACAUAGUAUGAUAAUUGUUUUAAGAAUGAAAUAUAUUUUGCCUACUGAAAAUCUAAAACAAUAUUUCUUGCAAAUAAACUUCAGCUGCAUUAAUAAUAUGAAAUUAACUCUGCAUGCAUCUUACUAGAUAGGACUAAAAUCUUGCAUUCAUACUGCUGAAGGUCAAGAUUAAAUAUGCAUAGGGCAACAUUUAAAUUCGAUAUUGUUAUUAAUGGUAUAUUAAUACUGUAAGGUAAGUAUUGUCUGUAUUGAUGAAAAAAGUAUUGAGAAUAUUAAAUCCUAAGUACAAACUAGCAACAAUAUAAUUAGAAAUAGCAAAUGCUUGUUGCUCUUUGUGUAUUGCAUCCAUCAAAUUUCUAGUGCACUUGCACCAGUACCAAUGAUUAUCUGAUACUACAAAAUUACAUGGAGUAAAAUAUGUUGUAUUAUGUGAUAACUAGUAAAUGCAUGGAGUGUUGUUACCUAGCACUAGUAUUGUUGUGUACAUUUAGACGAUAGGUGUGUGUGUACAGUGUGCGAUACUUUAAAAAUAUUAAAUUUGAGUAUGGGUCUGGGUUAAGAUUUUAUAUUAAUUUGUUUCACUUUUAUAAUCUAAAUAAAAUAUUAAUUUUAUAGUCCAAUAUGCUCACAGAACUGGGAAUUAUUUAACAUCAGUCACAUAAUUUUGUAUACAUUUUAUAGAAUUAGAAAGUUGCAAAGUUCUCCCUCUUAAGUGUCAUUAUUGGGGAGCAUGAUUUUAGGACUUAGACUGGUGUCUUUUGAAUAUUGUCUACAGUACAAAGUAAAACACCUUUCACAA